AAAAGUUUCUAAAACACUUUUUCAUGUGUGCUGUUCCAACAAAAUAUCUGUUGUGUUGUGCGAGGACCCCUGGGGAACAUUGGUACAGUACACCAUGGAUCAAAGCAACAACUCAGAGGAAGAGUCUCCAGGCCCCUCGGAGGAUGACAUGCUGCCGAGCCUGCCCUCUGGCAUCUCCAAUGCAGAGGCAAUAGAGCUGUUAUGGCAGGUGCGGGCAAAGAAGCGCCAGAGCUCGCCCUCUCUCCCAGACACGGUGACCAGGCUGACGACCCCUGAUGGAAGCCUUGUGUACCUUGUAGGCACGGCUCACUUUAGCGACAGCAGCAAGAGGGACGUUGCCACGACGAUCCGGGCAGUGCAGCCCGAUGUGGUUGUAGUGGAGCUCUGCCAAUAUAGGGUGUCCAUGCUGAAGAUGGAUGAGAAGACGCUUCUCAAGGAGGCUAAGGACAUCAACCUGGAGAAGGUGCAGCAGGCCAUCCGACAGAACGGAGUGAUGUCAGGCCUCAUGCAGAUCCUGCUGCUCAAGGUGUCGGCCCACAUCACGGAGCAGCUGGGCAUGGCCCCCGGUGGGGAGUUCAGGGAAGCAUUCAGAGAGGCUGGUCGGGUGCCUUUCUGCAAGUUCCACCUGGGCGACCGACCCAUCCCAGUGACGUUCAAGCGCGCCAUAGCAGCUCUCAGCCUGUGGCAGAAGGCGCGCCUUGCCUGGGGACUGUGCUUCUUGUCCGACCCCAUCAGCAAGGAAGAUGUGGAAAAGUGCAAGCAGAAGGAUCUCCUGGAGCAGACAAUGUCCGAGAUGAUUGGCGAGUUCCCGGCACUCCACCGCACCAUUGUGGCUGAGCGAGACAUCUACCUCACACACACGCUGCGGCAGGCAGCACGCUGCGUCGAGGCACCGUCCCAUGCACAGAAGGUGCCUGCAGUGGUGGUGGGAGUAGUGGGCAUGGGCCACGUCCCUGGCAUCGAGAGGAACUGGGACAAACAGCUCAACAUCCAGGAAAUUAUGAGUGUGGCUCCGCCGUCUCGUUUUGGCUGGGUGCUGCGGACAGUCCUCAAGGGAACUCUGCUGGGGAUGCUGGGAUAUGCUUGCUACCGAGCAGGGGGAAGUGUGGGCAGGGCUCUGCUCUCUGUGCCUGCCUUCCAGUCCAUACUGGGGGGCUCACGGCUGCCCCCUGCCUGACAGCGGCAGCAAGUGCUGCGCUUCACAUGCGUGGCCUUAAACACAGGAGGUGGCUGCAUCGAGGGACCUUCUGCGGCCCCUUUCCUCAUUAUGCGAAACCUCAACUACUGCCAAAGACUCCAUGCAGCACCUGUUUCUCCAGUCAUGCAAAUGAAGCUGGGUUUUGUAGGUUUGAUCACCUUCCUUAGCAGUUCACCAGGAAAUGGGAUCGCCUGCUUUGAGCAGGAAGGGGGCUGAGGGGAGCUUCUCCCAGCUGUGCACACCGCCUCGGGACCAGAGGAGAGAGACCGGUGCCCCCUGGAGUCAGCAGGGAGUCAAUAAGUGCUUUGGAAACAUGUCUUUAGCAGUCACUCCAGACAGAAUGUGUUCUUUUCUUCCUGAUUGCUGGUGAACAAACAAACAAGCAAAGAAAGUAUGUGUGAGAGCUGUGUGGAAAUACUGGGCUCAUCCUCUGUCUGAACCCUUGUUCACAUUUGCACUUUUGAAUAGCAAUAAUGGGAGCCCUUUCCAGUACAGCCAGGCUACUUGUUCCUGUACCUUCCUCUCCAAAGACAACUGCUGGAUUCUGAGCGAAUCCCCAGUGACACCACUGCGCCAAGUGCCUCUUGUGACUACUGACUGGAGUCUGGUGGCCUCACAGGUCCCAGGGGGAAGGCAAGGCAAGGCAUCUAGGGUCCAAAAGUUAGAACCCAAGGAGUGAUUGUCUGGUUACACCCAAUGUUAAUUUUCCACAAGUAUAUUUUUAAUUGUGUGAUUAAUGCAUUGUACCACAGGCUAGCCCAUCAGCUAUAUUUGCCAAGGUAAAAAUUACCCCUUAAAGCUUUGUUCCAUUAGCCCAAGGAUCCCCCAAAGUGUGUUUGAGAGUGUCUGUCAUGCAGUAACACUAAGUUCUCUGCUCCCAAUCAGUUUACGUGAGGACAGAUGUGUGGUGACUGGUAGCUGCUGCUCUGUGUAGCCGGUCAGCCUGCGAUGUGUAGCAGAAGGGAGCUGGAGCAAAGCUGGAGGAGGCGCGCUCAUGCAUGCGUGCACGCACGCACACACACAUGGAUCGGCCAUACAGCUGGCUCUUGAGGUUUAUCAGUUUUUUUUUUUUUUUUUUU